AUGGCGGACAAUCUUCCCACAGAGUUUGAUGUGGUUAUAAUAGGGACAGGUUUGCCCGAAUCCAUCCUUGCAGCUGCAUGUUCAAGAAGUGGUCAGAGGGUUCUGCAUAUUGAUUCAAGAAGUUACUAUGGAGGAAACUGGGCUAGUUUCAGCUUUUCAGGAUUGCUAUCCUGGUUGAAGGAGUAUCAGCAAAACAAUGACAUUGGGGAAGAAAGUACUGUUGCAUGGCAGGACCUGAUCCAUGAAACAGAAGAAGCCAUCACUCUUCACAAGAAGGAUGAAACUAUUCAACACACAGAAGCUUUUUGCUACGCCAGUCAGGAUAUGGAGGACAACAUUGAAGAGAUUGGUGCUCUGCAGAAAAAUCCUUCUUCGGGGGUGUCUAAUACCUUCACUGAAGUUCUGGAUUCUGCAUUGCCUGAAGAAAGCCAGUCAUCAUAUUUUAAUAGUGACGAAAUGCCUGCCAAACACACUCAGAAAAGUGAUACAGAGAUUUCACUAGAAGUAACUGAUGUAGAGGAAUCAGUGGAGAAGGAAAAGUAUUGUGGAGAUAAAACUUGUAUGCACACAGUUUCAGAUAAAGAUGAAAGCAAAUCUACAGUAGAAGAUAAUGCCAAUGAACCAGUUAGAAAUAGGAUUACUUACUCUCAAAUAGUUAAAGAAGGCAGGAGGUUUAAUAUUGAUUUGGUAUCAAAACUGCUGUAUUCUCAAGGAUUGCUAAUUGAUCUUUUAAUCAAAUCCGAUGUUAGUCGUUAUGUAGAAUUUAAAAAUGUCACUAGGAUUCUUGCAUUUCGGGAAGGAAAGGUAGAACAAGUGCCUUGUUCCAGAGCAGAUGUCUUUAAUAGCAAGGAACUCACCAUGGUUGAAAAGAGGAUGCUAAUGAAAUUUCUCACAUUUUGUUUAGACUAUGAACAACAUCCUGAUGAAUACCAAGCUUUCAGGCAGUGUUCAUUUUCAGAAUACUUAAAAACUAAAAAACUAACUCCCAACCUUCAACAUUUUGUACUGCACUCAAUUGCAAUGACAUCAGAAUCAUCUUGCACUACAAUAGAUGGUCUUAACGCAACUAAAAACUUCCUUCAAUGUCUCGGACGGUUUGGUAACACUCCCUUUUUAUUUCCCUUGUAUGGCCAAGGAGAAAUUCCCCAGGGUUUCUGUAGGAUGUGUGCAGUUUUUGGUGGAAUCUAUUGUCUUCGUCAUAAAGUACAAUGCUUUGUAGUCGACAAAGAAUCUGGACGGUGUAAAGCAAUUAUAGAUCACUUUGGUCAAAGAAUAAAUGCUAAAUAUUUUAUUGUGGAAGACAGUUACCUUUCUGAGGAAGCAUGCUCAAAUGUGCAGUAUAAGCAGAUCUCUAGGGCAGUACUCAUUACAGAUCAGUCUAUACUAAAGACAGAUUCAGAUCAGCAGACUUCCAUUCUGAUAGUUCCUCCAGCAGAGCCAGGAGCCUGUGCUGUACGGGUCACAGAAUUAUGUUCUUCAACCAUGACAUGCAUGAAGGACACCUAUCUGGUACAUUUGACAUGUUCAUCUUCUAAAACAGCAAGAGAAGACUUAGAAUCAGUGGUGAAGAAAUUAUUCAUUCCGUAUACUGAAACAGAAAUAAACAAGGAAGAACUUACAAAGCCAAGACUCUUGUGGGCUCUUUAUUUUAAUAUGAGAGAUUCCUCGGGAAUCAGCAGAAGCUCAUAUAAUGGCUUGCCUUCCAAUGUUUAUGUCUGCUCUGGGCCUGACUGUGGCCUGGGAAAUGAGCAUGCUGUCAAGCAAGCUGAAACACUUUUCCAGGAGAUCUUUCCAACUGAAGAAUUCUGCCCUCCACCUCCAAAUCCAGAAGACAUUAUCUUUGAUGGUGAUGAUAAGCAGCCAGAGGCUUCUGGAACCAAUAAUGUAAUAAUAGCCAAACUAGAAUCCUCUGAGGAAAGCAAAAACAUAGAAAGCCCAGAGAAGCACCUUCAAAAUUAGAAAAGAGUAAUCUGGAAAUGCUGUUUUGGACCUCCUUCAUGGCAUCAGAAUUUUCUCAUUUAAAGGACAAUUUCCCAUAUGAGUAAUUAAAAGUGGUUAUAUAUGAUGAAUGCUAUGCAGAUGUUGUCUUUAACUCUCAGACAUUCAAUGAGUGAUUUAUUGAUUAUUGAACAUUUUGUUUAGAAUGGGCUACAUGACCCAGAAUCUUAAAACAGAGUUAGCUUUAUUUUAGUAUUGGGUAUGUAUGUAAGUGUUCCAUAUUAGCAACUCAGCUUAAAGGUAAUGUAUUUGCUCAUGAUCUUAAGAUUUUAUCUUUGUCUAUAGAACAAUUAGUAAUACCCAAGUAAUAUUUUAAUUACUUUUGCAGCUAUUACAGUUGCUGUGGCCUGUUCGAAUAGUGAAACACACACAAAUGGUAAAUUAUGUGGAUCUUUUGCAUAUAAUGUAAAUGUGUAGACAUGGUGGUAGGAAUAGCAACUAAUACAAAUGCCAAUAUGAUAAUAAAAUACAUUUGUCUAUCAUCGUUAAAA